AGACUACUCGCACCGGUAGAGUGGCAACGCCACCCCUGCGCCCUUGCUGUUUACAAAAAUCACUGUCGACUUUUUCGGCAAUUUCAAUUAUCAGCGCAACAAGUUGCCGUGGAAAAGCAGAUAAGUGGAUCCAGGUGAUCCGUCCCUGAAAUGCCAGACAUCAAGAUUACGCCACUGGGCGCUGGCCAGGAUGUAGGCCGAAGCUGUCUGCUACUUUCGAUGGGCGGCAAGAACAUAAUGCUCGAUUGCGGGAUGCAUAUGGGCUAUAACGAUGAGCGCCGAUUCCCGGACUUCUCUUACAUAGUUCCCGAGGGUCCGAUCACCAGCCACAUUGACUGUGUAAUCAUCUCGCAUUUCCACCUGGAUCACUGCGGUGCUUUGCCCUAUAUGUCCGAGAUUGUGGGCUACACUGGUCCCAUCUACAUGACGCACCCAACCAAGGCCAUAGCUCCCAUACUUCUGGAGGACAUGCGCAAGGUUGCCGUGGAGCGAAAGGGCGAGUCCAACUUUUUCACCACCCAGAUGAUUAAGGACUGCAUGAAGAAGGUUAUCCCCGUCACACUCCAUCAGAGCAUGAUGGUGGACACUGAUCUGGAAAUCAAAGCCUACUACGCAGGUCAUGUCCUUGGUGCAGCCAUGUUCUGGAUAAAGGUGGGAUCCCAGAGCGUAGUUUAUACGGGGGAUUACAAUAUGACCCCGGACAGACAUCUUGGCGCUGCCUGGAUAGACAAAUGCCGUCCAGACUUGUUGAUAUCCGAGAGCACUUACGCCACCACUAUCCGGGACUCAAAGCGCUGUCGUGAAAGAGACUUUCUAAAGAAAGUCCACGAGUGCGUGGCCAAGGGUGGUAAGGUUUUAAUCCCCGUUUUCGCCCUUGGUCGAGCCCAGGAACUGUGCAUCCUGCUGGAGACCUACUGGGAGCGGAUGAACCUCAAAUAUCCAAUCUACUUUGCUUUGGGCCUCACCGAGAAGGCAAACACCUACUACAAAAUGUUUAUUACGUGGACAAACCAAAAGAUACGAAAGACUUUUGUCCACCGCAACAUGUUUGACUUUAAGCACAUCAAGCCAUUUGAUAAGGCUUACAUUGAUAACCCUGGAGCCAUGGUGGUGUUUGCCACGCCGGGAAUGCUGCACGCCGGUCUGUCCCUGCAGAUCUUUAAGAAGUGGGCCCCCAACGAGAACAACAUGGUGAUUAUGCCCGGCUACUGUGUACAGGGCACCGUGGGCAAUAAGAUCUUGGGAGGCGCCAAGAAGGUGGAGUUUGAAAACCGCCAGGUGGUGGAGGUCAAAAUGGCUGUGGAGUACAUGAGUUUUUCGGCCCAUGCCGAUGCAAAAGGCAUAAUGCAGCUUAUACAAAAUUGCGAGCCAAAGAACGUAAUGCUCGUCCAUGGCGAAGCAGAAAAGAUGAAGUUCCUGCGCUCCAAGAUUAAGGAUGAGUUCAACCUGGAAACGUAUAUGCCGGCCAAUGGCGAAACCUGUGUGAUUUCCACGCCUAUUAAAAUUCCCGUAGACGCAUCCGUUUCGCUGUUAAAAGCUGAAGCUCGAUCCUACAAUGCCCAACCGCCAGAUCCCAAACGACGGCGUCUCAUUCACGGCGUUCUUGUGAUGAAGGACAAUCGAAUAAUGCUGCAAAACUUGACCGAUGCCCUAAAGGAGAUCGGCAUCAACCGGCAUGUGAUGAGAUUUACUUCCAAGGUCAAGAUGGACGACCCGGGACCGAUGAUCCGCACCAGCGAAAGGCUCAAGACACUGCUUGAAGAAAAACUGGCUGGUUGGACAGUGACAAUGCAAGAAAACGGCUCCAUAGCGAUUGAGUCCGUUGAGGUGAAGGUGGAAGAGGACGAGAAAGAUCCAAAGCAGAAGACCGUUUUAAUAUCCUGGACGAACCAGGAUGAGGACAUUGGAGCCUACAUUCUUAAUGUGCUCCAGAAUAUGUGCUAGGCAGCGAACAAAGCAUCCCAAUGAAAUCCACGAACUUUUUUCCAUAGAUAAGCACAAAGUGUAAACAUCAUUUUCUGAUAUUUGAACGUGGGCUAAAAUAUACGUAAAAAUUUAAAAA